CUCCCACUAGACCAAAUGUUCUUCUCUGUGCUGUCAGUGUUCAGUGGAGCCAGUGGAGUCAUGUCUGGACGGUUGGGUGUUCGCCUGCUGCUGCUGCUGGGCUGUGUUUGCCACUGGCUGCCUGGCCUGGCCCUGGCUGCUGUGGUCAUCUCAGAAGGACAGGAAUCUCCACAGGACACAAGAUUAGCUGCCAGAUCACUGCAGAAAAGAAGUCCAAAUGAAAUUGAGGUGGAGGUGCUCAGUGUGACGGUGGACUGCACGGUGACGUCUCGUUUUGCUCACACCGUCAUGACCUCUGUGGCUCUGAACAAAGCCAAUGUGUCCCAGGAAAUCUUCUUUAAAGUGGAGCUGCCGAAGACAGCCUUCAUCACCAACUUCAGCAUGGAAAUUGAAGGUCAGGUGUAUGUCGGUGAAGUGAAGGAGAAAGAAAAGGCCAAGAAACAGUAUGAGAAGGCCGUCUCCUCUGGACAGACUGCUGGACUGGUCAAGGCCUCUGGCAGGAAGAUGGAGAGUUUUUCAGUGUCCGUCAACAUUGCUGCAAAAAGUAACGUGACUUUUAUUCUGACCUAUGAGGAGCUCCUUCAGAGGAAACUGGGCCAAUAUGAGAUUUUAACAAGAGUCCAACCUAAGUCACUGGUUCAGGACUUUAAGAUAAUGACAAAUAUUUACGAACCACAAGGCAUUGCUUUCCUGGAUGCCCAUGCAACGUUCCUCACCAAUGACUUGCUCCCCCUGGUGGACAAAACUGUCACAGACAAAAAGGCCCACAUCUCCUUUUCACCAACGGUGGAGCAGCAGAGGAAGUGUCCAGGCUGUGAUGGAACGCUCAUUGAUGGAGAUUUUGUCAUCAAGUAUGACGUCAAUCGAGGAGAGAGAUUUGGGGACAUUCAGAUUGUCAAUGGGUACUUUGUGCACUUCUUUGCUCCACCUGACUUGCCAAGAGUCCCAAAAAACAUUGUGUUUGUGACUGACAAUAGUGGGUCAAUGUCAGGAAGAAAACUCCAGCAGUCAAAAGAUGCACUAGUGCAUAUCCUUAGUGAUCUCCACGAAGAGGACUACUUUGCUGUCAUUAAGUUUGACCAUAUUGUUUUACCCUGGAGAGAUUCACUUUCCAAAGCAACAAAGGAAAACGUAGAGGAAGGAAAGACAUUUGUAAGAAAACAUCAUCCUGUGGGAGGCACAGACAUCAACCUAGGCGUGUUAAGAGGAGUUGACAUGUUGGUCAAAGACAGACAGGAGAAUAGACUUCCUGAGAGGAGUGUUGACAUGGUCAUCCUACUGACUGAUGGGAUGCCAGUCUCAGGAGAGACCAACACAAAGAAAAUCCAGGAGAAUGUACAGUCAGCAAUUGGAGGAAAAAUGUCUCUCUUCAGUCUUGGAUUUGGAAAUGAUGUUGAUUAUUCCUUCCUGGAUGUGAUGAGCAAACAAAACAAAGGAAUUGCUCGUAGAAUAUUCGAAGCUUCAGAUGCUGCACUUCAACUGCAGGGUUUCUAUGAUGAAAUUGCCAACCCUCUGCUGUCUGAGGUGGAACUACGUUACCCUGACAACGCAGUGGACUCUCUGACCAAAAACCACUUCAACCAUUUGUUCAACGGCUCAGAGAUUGUGGUUGCUGGUCGUCUGACAGACAAUGACCUGGAUAACUUCCUGGUGGAGGUGCUGGGUCAGGGGUUUGAGGAGGACUACAAAGCAGAGGGUCAGGCCAGUACCCUGGACCAGGAGGUCCCAUACCCAAAUGAGGAGUACAUCUUUGGGGAUUUCACAGAGCGUCUGUGGGCCUAUCUGACCAUCCAGCAGUUACUGGAUAAGAGUAAGAGUGGUGACCCAGCGGAGAAGGUCAACGCCACAGCCAAGGCACUGGAAAUGUCUCUGCAGUACAACUUUGUCACACCACUGACCUCCAUGGUGGUCACCAAACCUGAGACAGAGGAAACAGGACCUCUCAUUGCAGACAAGCUGACUGAAGACAAACGACAGCAGGCAGAGAGGAACAGGAACAGUAAGACAAACAUCAGCUGUGGUACUGCUGUGUCUUCUAAAAUACCUUCAUUUGCAGUGGAUGGAGACCCUCAUUUCAUUAUCGAGCUGCCAGAGAAGAAUGAUGCGCUGUGCUUCAACAUCAACGACAAACCAGGAACCAUUUUCACACUGAUUAAAGACACAAAGUCAGGUGUUGUUGUCAACGGUCAGACAAUUGGAGACAAGAAAAUCCCCCCUGAUGGUAAAAUAAACACCUAUUUCUGGAGGUUUGGCAUCACCCACAAGACUCUCAGGGUGAAGCUGGAGGUGAGCACCAGUGACAUCAACGUGUUUCAGGACAGUAAAUGGAUGACCAUGUAUUGGUCCAACUCAAUCUCUCUCAAAGGAACCAACAUGGAUCUUCAUGUGACCAAGGACCGCAGUCUAACAGUUACACUGAAAGAUUCAGUCAAGUUUGUGAUCCUGCUCCACAAAGUGUGGGCCAAACAUCCAUACCAUCAGGAUUACUUGGGUUUUUAUACUGUGGACAGUCAUCUCCUCUCCCCUGCUGUUCACGGCCUUCUGGGUCAGUUCUACCAUGGUGUAGAAUAUGAGGUGUCCGAGCUGCGUCCAGGAGAGGUCCCAGAGAAACCUGAUGCCACCAUGUAUGUGAAAGGACAUGAGCUGAAUGUGACCAGAGGCUGGCAGAGAGACUUCAGACAGGAUAUAAAGAAUGGAGAAAAUGUUCCCUGCUGGUUUGUUCACAGUAAUGGAACAGGCCUCAUUGAUGGAGAUGCUUCAGACUACGUCGUGUCAAGUCUGUUAUAAACAUUUCAAUUUAAGUAUAAUUAUAUCUGUGUCAUUGUUGUCAUGUCUACAAAUUUCAGUAAAAAAGUGUUGCAACACACUUUUAGUUAAAAAAAGGAGUUAAAUAUGAAUUUGUUUUCUUUUCUCUGUGCCUGGUCUGUUUUUGUGUUUGUCCUUGCCUUGUUUCUUUGCUAAUCUGGAGAUUAAAAAAAUGGAAAAACCCUA